GUCCAAGCUAUCAUAUAGGAUAUAGAGGAACGUCGUGCGUUGAGCUAGGACUCAGCAGAAGACCGGAGAACAGUCAUCAUUUUUUCCUUCUUGAAGCAGUCACCAACCCUCUAGGAUAAUCAUGGAUUUUAUGGAAGGCAUGGAGGAGCGUCUCAGUGAUAUUCGUGGAAUUACGCUUAAGUCACUGCUUGAAAACCCAAGUUUUUUACAGCCUCCAACAGGCAAUAACAACGAAAAAGAUGGAAAGAAAGACAAAGAGGCAGGACUCCUUGGUUUGGAUUAUGCAGCAGAGGAUGUGGCCUCUGCCUUCCUUGGCCCUGCCCUGUGGGAGAAGACACCCUAUGACGACCUCAAGCUGGAGUACAUGGACCUGGAUGAAUUCCUCUCAGAGAAUGGAAUUGCAGUCACAGAAGGAAAGAACAAUAGCAAUGAAAAAGCCCCAGAAAAUGAUGACUCUCAGUCUGGGUAUUUGUUGCCUGUUUCUGAGAAAUCAACCACGGAGGAGAAAUCUUUGUCUUUGAGAGCAGCCUUGAACAUCCCAUCACCUACUCCAAGCCCUCCACCAAGCAGUCCAGACUCGAUCAGCCCAGAAGUCGUCAUCCCACCAGACAUGAGUCCAGUUCGGGAGCCAAGUCCAGUGCACAUCAAUGUACCAUUUAAGCUGACAGAAACAGAUGUUGCCCUUGCCACAGCUCCUGGCCAAGACACCUUUGAUCCAAAGGAUUGCAAUUUCACCGAGGAGGAGCUCAAACCCCAGCCAAUGAUCAAGAAGUCGCGGAAGAUCUACGUGCCUGAUGAACAGAAGGAUGAUAAGUACUGGGAGAGGCGAAGGAAGAACAAUAUUGCCGCUAAGCGCUCACGAGAUGCAAGGCGCAUCAAAGAAAACCAGAUCGUCAUCCGAGCAGCUUAUUUGGAGAAAGAAAAUGGUGCCCUCAAGGAUGAUGUCCUUGAACUGAAGAAGGAAAAUUCAACACUCAAGAAGAUCAUUGCGAGUUAUGAAAAGCGUCUCAAUGCUUCAAAGAUGGACUAGCCCAUAGUUUCAUCCCAAUAACUGUAAAUUCAUGAAUGGUCAGUCAUUCAAUGUAAGGAUGAUAAAAACAUAUACAUCAGUGUAAUUACAUCAGUUCACUCAGUCUUAGUUGGGAUAUUAAACCUUCUUCCUUCAGAUUUUAGCUGGCAGCGAUUAUUUUGUUUUGAAUCAAUUUGUCCAUGAUGAUGCAUUUUAUUCGGACUUCAUUUGCUUCCAUUCAGUCCUUCGAUACCUAUUUCUAAUCCUCAUCGGGUAAUUAUUUUGCGAAUGUGUUCAUCCGAUUGGAAGUAAUUAGAUUUAUAUCAAAUUUAAAACUGCCUUGGUAUGAUGAAACAUGAAUUUAUACAGAUAGUGACACUGUACAAAUUUCACCUGUAGUAUCAUUUUUAAAAUUGUCAUUGUACAUGUACAUUGUAAUUUUAAAUAAAUUGCCCAUGAAUACAAAGAUUUCAUUCUUCAAGGGGAAAGUCACCUUUGAGUAAUCACAUUUAAGCCCUUUUACCAAAGGUUAGUGGUAAUUAUAAAAAAUAUGAUUCUUAAAUUCCUCCCCUCUUUCAUUCUUUCCCUUCUGUGCCAUGGUGAAAACUUAAAGCUUUAUUACAUACAGUGUAAAUUGUGCUGUGAAUGAUUUAAAGAAGAUCAACAAUUUUCUUAUGAUUGAUUGAUUGAUUGAUGUACACAUAGAUCAUGAAGUUUUAUUAUUUGAAAUGUUUGAAUGACUAUCAAAUUGUUUAGCUUUUAGACUGCAUACAGAUUCAUACUUUGGUUUAGCUCUAAUAUUUAGCAUUACUCUUUUACUGGUUAAUUAUUGUCCUGGAUUGAUGAUUAUUUAAUUACAUUGCUGUUAAAGUAAUGAAUACUAAAUAUUAAUGUAAUUUUCUUUCAUCUGUACACAUUUAUUAGAGCUGUGCAUUUGAUCAAGCUCAAUCGCAAUGUCAAAAUUGAUGUAAACUGUUUCUUACUGGAGCAUUGUCUUGUUUUGAAGUUAUUGCAGCUUUCAAAGAUGGUAUAUAGCAUGAUUUACUGUACAUGUAUAAUACUAAGAGGCAUAAUUUUUACGGUUUGUUUAGACCGGGUAUUGUUCAUUCUGUGAAAGAUCAUCUGUACAGAUGUAAUAAGUAGCUUAACCUGUCCUCUGGCUAAAUGGAAAUGUAGAUGUUUCAGAACCAAGUCUCAUAUGAGAAUUGGAUCAUCUGAGGUUGAUUUAUUCAAGCAAAUUUUUA